UGGUGACAGUAUGUAAAAAAAAAUUGUGAAAAUAAUUAGUUUAAUUUCUUAAUUUUUUCUGAAAAAAAAAUUACAACUUCAAAAAACGCACCAUGCCUCUUAUGAAAUACAAAACUGUCUACUUUGCAAAAAAGGGGUCAUUUGGGGGAUAUCUGUACUGUUCUGACAUUUUUUGGCCUCAAGAAAUUAGAUUGGCUGUCAGUACUUCAGGAUUUAUCACUUUUCAGAUACAUCCCAUAGUUUGUGAACUCUAUAAAUUUCCUACAGACUAAAUAAUAAAUACUGAUUUGGGUUAUUUUCACCAAAGACAUGUAG